UUUUUAAGGUGAUCUGAAAAGAACAAAGUUCAGACGUGGGACAGAGAGUGAAGUCAUGAUGAGGAGGAAACGCCUCCCAAACCACAGACCCUCAUAUUUCACCUCUUACCUCUUUAGACUCUCAGUCGUUUCUGAUUGUCUGCAAGAGACACAGAGAGGAGCAAUGAUCACUGCUAGAGAGACACAAACAUCUUUAUUUCUAACGCUGAUGCUUUACUUAACAGCAGCAGCUGGACAGGUUCAGUACUCAGCAGUCAGAGUUGGUGAUGGAGUCACUUUGCCUUGUGGUUAUUUGAUCUAUAGUAGUGAUCACUGUGACGGCAUCAUCUGGAUGUUCAUUAAUAAUAGAAGAUCAUCAAUACUGUUUGAAAAAGGACAGAUACGUGAAGCUGCAGCAGCAAAAUCAGACAGACUGAGAUUUGCAUCAGACUGUUCUCUGGUGAUGAAGAACGUCUCUGUGGAGGAUGCUGGUCAGUACACCUGUAGACGGUUUAUAAACGGACAGCAAGGACCAGACUUUUACGUUGUUCUGGCUGUUGUUCACAUGGUUAAACAGAAGCAGAAAGAUAAACUCAUCCUAACCUGCUCUGUGACGGACAUUAAACGCUGCAGACACACAGUGAAGUGGCUGAAUGAGGGUGGAGAGGAAAUGUUGUCAGACAUGGAGGAACCAGAUCAGUCCUGCUCUGAUACUGUGACGAUUCCAGCAUCUGACAGGAACUGGAAGGUAAAGUCUGAAGUGUUAAAGUGUAAAGUUACAAAUACUUUCACUAACAAACAGCAGCUGUUUGACUUCAGGAUUCAGUCCUCUGGUGGAAAAACAGCAAAGACGACGACCACCACAAAACCACCAAGAACAACAUCAACACGAAAGUCAACAAAGAUGACGACAACAAAAUUACCUGCAACUUUAUCAACAACAGCAACAACUAUGGCAAUAAAUUCAUCUACAAUCAACAAUUUCUCCAAAACUCCAGGUUGGUCUAUGGUUUAUAUAACUGGUCCAGCAGUGAUCGUAGUAAUUAUUCUGGUGAUCGUUGGAUGGAAGAAAACCAGAGGAUUUUAA